UCUCUCUCUCUCUCCCCCCCCCCCAAACGCACAGCGACAUCGACAUGGGUGUGAAGAACUUAUGGGAUAUCCUAGAAUCAUGCAAGAAAACUUUCCCACUCCACCAUCUCCAGAACAAGAGGUUGUGCAUAGAUCUCUCCUGCUGGAUGGUUCAACUUCAAAACGUAAAUAAAUCGCACUCCUCUAUGAAGGAGAAGUCUUAUCUUAGAGGUCUCUUUCAUCGCCUCAGAGCUCUCAUCGCUCUUAAUUGCAGCCUAAUUUUCGUUACAGAUGGAUCAAUUCCUGCUAUUAAGCUAUCAACUUAUAGGCGCCGCUUAAAUUCAGGAAGUGAGGUUACUCUAGAUGAAAGAAACUUGCAGAAGGUGACCUCACUACGAAGAAAUAUGGGAUCUGAGUUUUCAUGCAUGAUCAAAGAGGCAAAAGUUUUGGCCGUGGCACUUGGUAUCCCUUGUUUAGAUGGGAUUGAGGAGGCGGAAGCACAGUGUGCUUUGUUAAACUCAGAAUCGUUAUGUGAUGGAUGUUUCACUUCGGAUUCUGAUGUCUUCCUAUUUGGUGCAAGGACAGUGUAUAGGGAUAUCUGCCUUGGAGAUGGCGGCCAUGUCGUCUGCUAUGAAAUGGCAGACAUUGAGGGACAGCUUGGAUUUGGAAGGAACUCACUGAUUACCCUCGCCCUACUUCUUGGUGGUGACUACUCCCAAGGAGUUUAUGGUCUGGGUCCCGAGUCGGCUUGUCAGAUUGUUAAAUCCGUUGGAGACAAUGUUGUCCUUCAAAAAGUUGCAUCUGAAGGACUGUCCUUUGUAAAGAAGAAAAGAGGUUCAAAGAAACAGGGGCCUGUUUCCAAGGGCAAUGACAAGGAGAACUCACUGGAUCAAGAGAUAAAUAUUAAUGGAAGUGAGCACGAUUCACAAAGCAAUGAUCAGUUCUUGCAAGUUAUCAAUGCUUAUUUGAAGCCCAAGUGUCACUCGGUAGAUUCUGAUACCGUGCAUAGGGCUUCUGCUCAAUAUCCUUUUCAACGUGCCAAACUUCAGCAGAUAUGUGCUCAGUUCUUUGGGUGGCCUCCAGAGAAAACAGAUGAGUAUAUCCUUCCAAAGAUUGCUGAAAGAGAUUUACGGCGAUUUUGUAAUUUGCGUUCCACUUCAUCAGAUCUAGGACUGAAGCUUCCACUGCACAAGAUGCCAGUAAAAUGCCCUUUAGCUCGAAUUAUCAAGCACCGAAGGGCUCAAGGAAGAGAUUGUUAUGAGGUUUCAUGGGAGAAUUUAGAUGGAAUUGAAACUUCCAUAGUACCAUCAGAGCUCGUACAGAGUGCCUGUCCUGAGAAGAUUGUGGAAUUUGAGAGAAAAGCUGAAGAGAAGAAACAAAAUCACCGAAAAGCCAGGCAAAAGAAAUCAGAAAAGGGAUCUUCUGUGGCUGAAAUUGAUCUAAAACUCCAAAGACUAUUACUUGACAUUGAAUUGGGAAGCAGUUCUGUUCAUGAUCCCUCCUUUUCUUCUGUGUUGAUAUCAGGAAACUGUACUGCUGCAACAGAAGUUGAUCUAACAAACCAAGAUAUGUUACUUGAUCCAAAGUGCAGUGCUAACUGCAAUGGUGAUAUGUCUUGCUAUCAAGUUGGUAAAAGUGAGGUCAUUGACCUCUUAAGCCCUCCCCCAACAAGACAACACCAUACUGUUUCCAAAUUUCCACAAUCAAAUUGUCAAGAUAUUGAUGUGAUUGAUUUGAGUGAGUCGGAAACUGAUGUGUCACCUGAACAUGAGAGGAAGGCAAGAGAACUGAGGUUAUUCUUAGCCAGCAUUAGGGAUGAUGUCCCCUGAACAUCCAUGAAGGUCAAAUUCUGUAGAAAGGAAGAAAUCUAAUGUAGUCCUAGUUUGAAAUUCCUCCCAAUGACACUGUUUUUGUGUCUUGUAUCUCUUAAGUUUCCUCUUUGGUAGUAGAGAUACUGUAGUGUAUCAAAAUCAUAUUUAGAUGUAGUGCAAUGAUACUGGAUAAAUUAUUGUAUAAGGCUCAAAUUUAGUUCAAAUUCAUUCUUUCUCAUAUAUUAGUUCCCUGGGU